CAUCGAAGCUUGAUUUUUGACAUUCAGUUGUAGCAAAGUAGCAAACUAAUAAAGUUGCCGAAAUUGUUUUUGUUUCGUAUACUAAAAACACAGUUUUUAUUAAAAACUGUUCAAAAUUGUGAAUGAUACAUUUCAAAAUGUUCGUAGAGCCCAUUUGAAGUUUUUUCCAAGAAAUAACAAUGGAUUCCAGGAAUUCCAAUAGAAAUGGUAGUGUAGAUGCUGAAAAGCUAAACAUUAGUUUGGAUAUGGGAGAUGAGAUGAAACUAGACGAAGUAAAUUAUGAAAGUGACGUGUCUUCCACCAGCUCAGAAAGUUCGACAGCUCCAACAAUAAGCUCAGUUAGUACGAAUUCGUCGGGUAAAAUUCGUCGAUCUAGACGUCGGGGUCGUUCAAAAGAUAAAAGUCCUUCGCCUCGAUCUAAAGAUAAUAAUAAAGUAAAGUCCUACGACUAUAUAACUAAAUUAAAUUACCUAUUUCGCGAUGCACGCUUUUUUGUUAUCAAAUCAAAUAAUUGCGAAAACAUUAUCCUUUCCAAAGCCAAAGGAGUAUGGUCGACUCUUCCGCAAAAUGAAGCGAAUCUAAAUAAAGCAUAUAGAGAAUCAAGAAAUGUUUUAUUAAUAUUUUCGGUUAAAGAAAGUGGUAAAUUUGCGGGAUUUGCAAGAUUACAUGGAGAAUCAAGACACGACGGAUCCCCGAUUUCUUGGGUAUUACCGCCGGGUUUAUCGGCGAAAGCUUUGGGAGGUGUAUUUAAAGUAGAUUGGAUUUGCCGUAAGGAAUUACCAUUUUCGAAUACAAUGCACUUGUACAACCCUUGGAAUGACGGAAAACCCGUAAAAAUCGGUCGAGAUGGUCAAGAAAUUGAACCUAGAGUGGCGGAGGAAUUGUGUCGUUUAUUUCCAGAGGACGAGGGUAUUGAAUUGUUACCAAUAUUAAGGUUAGCUAAAGAAGCUUCGAAAAAAACUACAUUACGCGGUAGGGAUGGACAUAGGCAUCCGAAAGCGAGAAUGCCGAUAGCAGCACGACCGUCAUCAUUCAACUUCAGAGGUAGAGGUUCGUCGUAUUCCAGAAGAAAAUUCUUCUUAUCGAGAGGUUUAACUUCAAGUAAUUAUAGAAGAUCGAUAUCACCGAGACCCAGAGAUAGAUAUUCGAUGUUUUAUAAUCGCGAAUCGCCUCGUCCUUACACCGCGGCGGCGGCCGAAGCGUACGUAGCUGAUUAUAUGAGAACCAUGCAGCAUCAACUACCCCCUUUACCAUACGUAGCACCUUCUUUAUAUCCAUCAUCUUUCGACGCCUUACCACCUCCACGUUAUUAUGAUGGAUUACCAAUACCAGAAUAUCCAACGUCUAGAUUAACUUCGUUUUCUGAUAGACGCUCGUAUGAUCGUUCAGUGGACGAGUUUAUAUGGAGGACUAGUGAACGUUCAAGAGAUAGGGAUAGGAUGAGGGAGAGGGAUAGAAGCAGAAGCCGCCAUCGUUACAGGGACAGGAGAUGAAGAUGUUGCCGAGUGUAGGAAUCAAAGGGUUUUGUUAAUUUUUUUGAAAAUCUGAUGAAAGGAAACGUUUCAGAUUAAUACAAUCAUUAAUUUCUGCUCAAUUGUUGGGUUUUAAAUCCUUUAUUAACGACAGGUAUUGAUUUUUUUAUUAUUAUUAAUAAGUUUGGUAAAGUUAAUGAAUCUUAUAUUCAUUUAAUGUUUAAUGUGUUUCUUAAAUAACGAAAUUUGCUAUUUUCAAUCUUUAAGUUAAGUUCUAUUGGUUUUGUUUAUAAGUACAAGUAAAAAUUUGAGGUUAGAUUACUCUAGUAACCAAAUAUGGACUAAAUUAGUUAAUUUAUUUGAAAAAAUCACAAAUUUUUGUAUCAAACUCUAGCCCAGUGUCAAGAGCUUCUUUCCCUAUGGGGAUAUCCGGUUCACUAUCUAAAUUAAACUGGAAAUCUUCUUCGUUUUAACUUUGUUCAGUGUCCCCGGUCUCGGUUUUCUUAUUGCUUAUAUAACUUUUCUUUUGCUUGGGUUUUUCUUGGCUCUACUCAAAAUUACAUGGAUUUAUAUCGAAUUGAAUAUUGAAAUGUACUUUCGAGUGGAAUGAACAAUUUUUCAAAAUGUAUUUUGAGCAGAUUGUGAUUUCCUCGCAUCAGAUCUUUCCGUAUUAAUAAGAUUACCAAACUCAUUAAUGUGAUGUGCAUAAUUUGAUUUAUCGGUGUAUUAAAUUUAAGUUUUUAUAAAUAAUGUGUCGCAUUAUUUGUAUAAUAUUAUAUUAAAAAACUGCAUUUCGAAUGGUGUGAUCUAAUUUUUUUCUUGGUAUCCAAGAACUCGUUAAGGGACUGACAAAAAAGUGAUUUGUGUGAGAAUAAUUUUCGAGAUAAUAUUUCUCAAUAAUGAACAUUGGUUCGGAAAUGGUGAAAGACUGUUUCUUCGAGAAAAGAUUAAGGCUGUGUAUUUAUUGUAAUCUUUUGUAUAUUUGUAUAUCAGAUAAUUUUAUAAAGAAAUUUUAUUCGUAUAUAUGUUUUCAGGAGUUUUGUGCACAGUAUAUGUCCUUAGAAUGUUCGUUUAAUAACAGAAUUGAUAAUUUAUAAGAAAAAAAAUGUAAAAAAUUAGAUUUCAAAAUGUUUAUUUUA